AUGACUAAUCGGAAACUUACCCUUGAACAAAAGCAUGCAGCUUUGAGACAAGCUAAAGCUGAAGGCCUUUGUGAUGGAUGGCACGUGGAGUGGGACAAUAGAAGAAAGUCCAAGGUAUGGAUUGCUCCUGGAGGAGUAAAGACUUGCUGGUCCUUGCCUCAAGCUGUCGCCUGGCAGAUCAAGGUUGGUAUUGCCGAACCAUCGUCUAUCUCUUCUGAGCUGGCGCAGAAACUCCAUCGCAAGUUGACACAGGAGGAAAAAGACGCUGCUCAUGCAGAGGCCAAACGAAAAGGCCUCCCUGAGGGGUGGAGACUGGAGUAUGAUAACAGAAGAGGCUGCAAAGCUUGGAUCAGCCCUUGCGGUUCCAGACGGUGUUACACUGUUGGCAAGGCAGUCGCAUGGUCUCUGGGGAAAGGCUUGAUCCGCUUGGAUCAACUACCUUCCGCCCAAAGCGCAAUGUCUGAGGAAGAAGUUGCUUCCGCAAGAAGAGAAGCAAAAAACAGAGGUCUUUCCGAUGAAUGGAAGGUGGAAUGGAACUAUCGAAAAGGCAUUCGCGUUUUCGUCGAUCCUGUGAGUGGUAGGAGGUGCUGUAGCAUCGCCGAAGCGUUGAGACAGCAAAACACAACUGGCGAGGCCAAGGAGACUAAAACUCGAAAACAGUUAGUGAAGUGUGAAAAGGGUUCUGCAGCGGAUCUCCCGCCUGGCUGGACAACUGAAUGGGACAACGCUGCGAAGCGAAAUGUUUUUGUGUCGCCCAAAAAGGACAAAAAGUGUCUAUCGAUCAACGAGGUACUCACUUGGUCACUCAAGAAUGGUCUCUUUCAUGGUGAAACAUGCCAAAGCUCUGUUCAGAAGAAGGGACGAAAGUCACAAUUGACGGAGGAAGAGAAGCGCAAGGCAUUGGAACUCGCCAAGUGUCAAGGUUUGGGUGACGGUUGGACCGUGGAAUGGGAUACUAAAUCCAUGCAACGAGUCUGGUAUGCACCGAACCGCCGAAAGAAAUGUCAAAGUCUUCCCGAGGCACUCGCAUGGGCCACCAAGAAUACUCUUGGCCCAGAAACGAUUAUUAGUCAUAGUGAACCCAAUAAGUCUGCGCGUCCAGACAGCCCGAAAAGCGAUAAGGUAUCAGUCCCCACCAAAACUUCGAGCCCAAUAACGAAACGAAAGUCGCUUGGUAGUGAACUCGAAUCUGUCACCAAGAAGCAAAGGAAGAAUCCAGUCCUUUCCGCAGACAGUCUUCCUACGCUUACAAAUACCAAGCCCACACCCCCUACUUGCAGCUCCUCACUGCCUGUAGCUGUUGCUCCUUGUGCCACUUCCUCUAUGGCCGGGUAUCCCUACAAAUUUGCCCCUCAUCUAUCAAUGGGCAUUGGCUCGGCUAGUACAGGCCAACAUGAUCUUCUUUCUCGAAGUAUUCCCGGAGGUCGAAAUCAUGCUGGUCUUCCAGCCAGUCUCUUGUCGCCUCAUGGCUCCCAUCAUCACUCCAACGCCUGGUUGGUGCAAGAUUUGCUGGCACUACGGUCCGACCAAAUGAUGGCAACAAGAAUGACCAUGCAACGAGAAAUGCUGUUAGGUGCCGCAAUUCGUCGCUCCUCGAAUCCGAACUCUUUGGGUUAUCCAUUUUUUGGAUAG